UUGGCCUUGUAUAUAUAAUUGUGAGCCGAACACUUUUUGCUCUCUUUCGUUCUCCCUCUCUCCUUUUCUUUCUCAGUUGAAGUGACAGCAAUAAGACAUGGCCACUGCAGGAAAGGUUAUUAAAUGUCGGGCUGCUGUAGCUUGGGAGCCCAAUACUCCUCUAGUGAUAGAAGAGAUUGAAGUGGCUCCACCUCAAAAGAAUGAAAUACGUAUCAAGGUAAUCGCUACCGGUGUUUGUCACACCGACUUGUACCAUCUAUUUGAGGGAAAGCAUAAAGAUGGCUUUCCUGCUGUCCUUGGACAUGAGGGGGCUGGCGUGGUGGAGAGUGUUGGACCUGGAGUAACCGAGUUCAAACCAGGUGAUAAGGUCAUUCCCCUCUUCAUCUCCCAGUGUAGAGAGUGCAAGUUUUGUAAGAACCCAAAGACUAACCUCUGUGAGCAUGGCUGGUCUAGUGACCGAUAUUCUCAGAUGUCAGAAACCACAACACGCUUCUCCUGUCGUGGUAAGCCUGUCCUGCAGUUCAUGGGCACCAGCACCUUCUCUGAGUACACAGUCAUGAACCAGAUUGCUGUGGCGAAGGUCCAUGAUGAUGCUCGAAUGGACCGCGUUUGUCUGCUUGGCUGUGGGAUUUCCACUGGCUAUGGGGCAGCAAUCAACACCGCCAAGGCACAGCCCGGGUCAGUGUGCGCAGUGUUCGGGCUUGGUGCCGUAGGCCUUGCUGCAGUAAUGGGAUGUAAGAAUGCUGGAGCUUCCAGGAUAAUCGCUGUGGACAUAAAUGAACAGAAGUUCGAAAAGGCAAAGGUACUUGGAGCCACUGAAUUUGUGAACCCUAAAUCACACAAUAAGCCUGUGAGUGAGGUUCUGGCAGAAAUGACCAAUGGAGGUGUGGAUUUCUCCCUGGAGUGUGUGGGCAAUGUGGCUGUUAUGAGGACUGCACUUGAGUCGUGUGUUAAAGGAUGGGGGGUGAGUGUGCUGGUUGGCUGGACAGAUGUUAGUGACUUCUCUGCACGACCAAUUCAGCUAAUUGCUGGAAAAACCUGGAAGGGAUCACUUUUCGGAGGCUUUAAGAGCAAGGAUUCUGUUCCCAAGCUAGUCCUAGACUACAUGGCUGGCCGCAUAAAGCUGGAUGAAUUUGUGACUCAUACUAUGGGUCUUGAGCAAGUCAAUGAUGCCAUUGAACUCAUGAAAAAAGGAGGAUGCAUUCGAACCAUCCUGAAUGUGUCAAAGUAAGAAGGGCAGAGGGCCCAAAAACCACAGCUAUUUGACACCAAGACAGAAGUCCUUACUACUUCUCCCAUGUCUUCUGCUUAUCAUUCUUUAUCUUUUAACAAGCUUUCAAAUUAGGCAUUUUGUCUUUUAAAGGGUUUCAUAAUCUAAAAUGUAAGAAUACUCAGAAAAUGUGUUUAAUGUUAGUUACUUGAUGUUAUAAUGUUAGUACCCAAUUAUACUCAAUUAGUGUAUUUAACAUGCAUGCCAUUAUAAGCCUAUAAUCCACCAACUGGAAUUGUCCAGAUAUUAUUAUAUAAUAAUUAUAUAAAUCCUACAGAGUGGAUAUGUAAAAUAGAUGCAUGUGCUAAUAAAAAUACAAACACAA